UCAACAAAUGCAUCAAAAUCAAAAAUGGCGGCGGACGGUGACGAAGUGAUUAGUGAUCAAGAAAAAGUUCGAAUUGUUUCAGAUUUUAUCCUCCAUUCACCUCCGGGCGAAUUUAAUGAAGUGUUUAAUGACGUGAGAGUGUUGUUAAAUAAUGAUACUUUGCUUAAGGAAGGUGCAAGCGGAGCUUUCGCUCAAUACAACAAGGAUCAACUCACACCCGUGCGCCUUGAAGGUUCUGAACUGCAUACACUUAUAACAGACCAUAAUGAACUCGGCGCUGGAAGGUUCUUUGACCCGCGGUCGAAACGUUCCUUUAAAUAUGAUCAUCUGAGAAAAGAAGCGUCAGAAUACGAAGCAUACGAAUUUGACAGGGUGGCGGAACCUUGGAGAGCCGCGUUGGAUGUCGAGUUGACAACGUAUGUCGCGGAACAUUACAAACAUGGAGCAAGUUUGGUUGUCGGAAGGACUCUCGAUGGAGGAGCCGUGACCCUCGUGGCUUGCAUCGAAGACCACCAAUUUCAACCUAAGAAUUACUGGAAUGGACGAUGGCGAUCAGUGUGGUCAUUAACAGUUGGAAGCGGAGCGGCGGAGCUACGCGGCAUGCUGAGAGUACAAGUGCAUUACUAUGAGGAUGGUAAUGUCCAACUGGUUAGUUCUAAAGAAGUCCGGGCGCCACUCGUGGCCACCGGCGAAGCGGCGACGGCCAAGGAGUUCGUGCGGCUCGUGUGUGACGCGGAGAACGCGUACCAAACUGCAAUAUCAGACAACUACAAAACUAUGAGCGACACCACAUUCAAAGCUCUGCGGCGACAGUUGCCAGUGACGCGCAGCAAGAUCGACUGGGCGCGCCUCGUCUCAUAUACAAUUGGUAAGGAGUUGAAGAGUCAAUGAUGUCCCGCCGCUGCGCUCUGAGCUGCAGCGAUGCUCCAAGCCUCUGUACAUAAUAUUCACAUAAGAGUAAAUCUUGUUCAAAUGUUUACGGGCACUGAGGGGCGACCCCAGCGUAUAUAUAUCUAUGAGUAUAUAGAGAAAUUGCUAUUGUAAACUGUUAAAUUUUAUUGCAUUUUGUUACUCUCACUAUGGAAGGAUAUUGACGAUUAUUAUUGCCUGCUUCAAGUGGUGUUCCCCAUAGUCCAUGACAAGUUGUCAGAAUAUAGCAGAGAUUAUAGAAUGAUUGUAAAUUGUAAUUAGGUUGGACCUGUAUAGGGUAGUCUAUUUAGGUCUAGAGCUGCCUUAAAACAAAUAAUAUUUGAGUUAAAUUAUAAUCAGUUAGUGUGAGCAAUAAGUAUCUAUUUUGUUUAACUAUGUCAAUUAUAAAUGAAAAUUCUAUAUGAAAGGGAUUCCUUAUGUUUAAAAUCCAUCCAAUCAAUAUAUUAAACAGUAUUAUUUGUAUGAGCUGCUGUCCACAAGCUAAAUAGAGGCUAUAAAAUGUACAGUACAAAGUUAUUACAUCUCGUUAAAGUAUGGCUGGUGGUAAUAUCGGGUUGAUGAAUUAUAAAAUAUACUUUAGCAUAUUACUUAUACACAUGGAUUACUUUUUAUUUGUUGUUUCCAUUGCUUAUCUCCCUUAACAGAUAGAUUGUGGACAGUAGUAUAUAAUUUGUUUACUGAUUCUAUUGCAAAAAUUGAUUGCUUGCUUAAUUAUGUAUUUAACAUUGAUAGUUGACCAAUAUCUAGUGUUGCAUUUACUGUAUAGUGAUUAAAAUUGUCUAUGGUUCUUUGUGAUUGGACAAGCACAAUUAACAGAUUGUCUUUUAAAUUAUACCAAUGGUUGCUCAAAGUAACAGAGGAAAUUUUGAGUUGAGAGUGUAUGAAAAUUUUUUUGUGUAACUAUAUAAUAGCUCCAAUAAGAAUUAUUUUGUAAUUAUAAUAAUUUUUAACUAACAUUCAAGUAUUCUGUAUGAUUUAAUUCAUUUCAGUAAAAAUAUAUAUUAAAAUGUUGCUAAGA